CCCAAAAUCAUUUUUUAUAUACUAAUAAUUUAUCAAUUUGUUGGAAUUUGUUAUUUCCUAGCUACAAAUGCUGUUAGGACAGCAGUUUGGUUCAAGCAGAAACACGUCGGAAGCCCUCCUCUUAUCGUUGAUACAGAAGCUGGACAUUACUUAUCGAGAGGGCAGGAAAAUGUACUAUAUAAAUAAGGAUAUGCUAAGGGUAAUUAAAGAGAUGAGAGAGAUUGUGAAUAUAGUGAGGGAUAAGAGAUUGGAAGAGGGGAGAACCCUAAAUUUUUUAGUAUGCGACCUUGUCGAUGUGGCUGAGCAUGCCCUCGACAUUUUCAAAAAAGGCGAAACCUUUUCUUUAUACUAUGCUUCCAUCCAUAGUUGGAUUGGAGAGAUCAAAAAGCGCAUGCUUAAAUUAGGAGAUGAUGGAGCGGAGAUGGAGCCCAACAUGAGAUCAUUGAAAAAGGAUGAUGACGAAGAAGAUGACAAUUACGUGGUGGGUUUGGACGAAGAUGUGGAAAUGCUGCUUCGCAGAAGCAUUAUUGAUGGGGAAGGAUAUGCAAAGACUGUUCUCAUCAAAGGGAUGUGUGGUAUUGGAAAGACAACUCUUGCAAGAGAGAUAUACAACCAUCCAACCGUCGUUGAGCGAUUCAAGCAUCGUCGUCUUUGGGUAUCUAAUGUUACUCACUUCACUCUUAAAGAGCUAUUUAUCAAACUAAUACAACAGGUAGAUCCUUGGUAUCUCCUUGAAUCUUCGUUAUUGGAGAAUAUGGACAACCCAAGUCUCAGAGAUAUGCUUUGCCAACGCCUGCAAGGAACGUAUCUUAUAGUUCUCGACGACGUGCCCAAACAAAUGCACUUGACGACUUUCUUGUAUGCUCUUCCCCAACGAGAAAAUGGAAGUAGAUUGCUGAUCACAAGUCACACAACACAUGUCGACAUACAUGUAGGCGUAGGAGAUGUUCAUAAAAUGAAACCUUUGGAUUCUAAAAAGGGCUGGCAAUUGUUUUUGAAAACAAUAAAUCAUGGCAAUAAAUUGGUGGGUGAGCACAAAUUCCCAAUGGACUUGGAGCCUAUGGGAAAACAAAUGUUGAGGAAAUGCGGCGGUCUGCCAUUAGGUAUAAAAGAGGUGGGAAAGCAGUUAGCAGAAAAGAAACUCUCAGGAGGAAGUGAAUGGGAACAGCUUCUUGAAUCAGUUGAUUUUAGUUCAACAUUGAAGUUGUUGGAACCAUUUUAUCAUAAAUUGGAUCCCAAAAUGGAGUCAUGUUUCUUGUCUAUGGCCUUCUUUAAGGAAAAUACAACUUUGAGGAAAGAAAAGUUGAUACACAUUUGGGUUGCAAUAGGAGUGGUUUCAAGAUAUGACUAUGAAUCAUAUUUAGAUGGUUUAAUCAAUGAAUCUGUUAUUGAAGUCAAGGACAAGAGCACGGAGUAUCAAAUGAAUGCUCUACUACACAUGUUAUCCAUUCAAAAAGCAGAGGAGAAACUAUGUUUUGAGAUCCUAACGAACAAUGGAAAUAAUCGACCCUCUGAGAGUCCUCGUUAUCAUCGUGUUAUCAUUUGUAGCAGAGAAAAGUUCAACUACUCCACGGAUCAAGAUAAACAUCUUGUUUCUCUCUUCUUCCAUGGAGGUGGCUACUUGGACGCUAGUCCGUCUUAUUGGAAGAGCUUUGAAAAACUUAAGAUACUUGACUUGGAAGAUUUUGGGCUAAAGAAUUUACCAGAAAGUAUUGGCAGAUUGACUGAAUUACGAUACUUGGGAUUGAGAAACAAUUACAUACAAGAGCUCCCAGACUCGUUGGGGUGGUUGAAAAAGCUUGAGGUUCUUGACAUAGCUCACAACUUUAUGGUGGAGGUGCCAGAUGUUAUAUGGGAAUUGUGUAUCCUUCACCACCUCUACCUGUCUGAUAUGAUUUGCCGGAAUCCUUUGAAGAUAGAAGCGCUACAGCAUCUGGAGACCUUAACCUACGUCUAGGUUGAUAAUUGGACAUAUGAGCUCUCUAGCUUAAAUAUGCCUACUUCUAUUAAGAAAUUGGGCAUAGAAGGAUUGGAUGGAAAUUCAGAUGUAAGCAAGCUCUUUGCAUCAUUAGCUAAGUUGAAGAAACUUGAUCAUCUAAUCUUAAGAGGGUAUCGUUUCAGAAGCAUGCCUUGUUUGGAUGAGCUUGCUAUUCUACACAGUCUCAAAACACUCAAAUUGGAUGGACUCCUUGCAAGGUUACCAAAUAAUCUCCCUCCAAAUAUUGAAUCAUUGACGUUGAUUAAUAGCUGUCUUGAUGAAGACCCCAUUCCACUACUAGGGAUGCUACCCAGACUAGAACACCUCAAAUUGCGGAACGCAUACACUGGUCAACAAAUGGUGAACCUGCACGGCAGCUUCCCUCGUCUCGUAGUCCUGUGCAUCGAGGAGUUAUGGAAUCUGAGAAAUGUUCAAUGUGGAAAAGAUGCAAUGUAUUGGCUCAAGAAAUUGGAAAUCCAUGAUUGUCCAAAUCUGGAUACCCUCCCAAAAGAGAUUGUGUCGUUUAUUUGUUUGAAGGAGUUAAAGAUGGUGACAACCAAAAGCAUUGCAGCAAAGAUCAAGAAUUCAGACUUAAUCUCCAAAAUAAGGAUCGUGAAUAUCAAUCCAUGAGGUAGAGCAAUUCUCUUCAUUAUUGUUGGUGUCAAUUUGGAAAGUUUCUAGCUAGAUUUUCUUCCUUUUUCCCCUUGGUGGUUGUGUGUUUGUAAAUGGUACAUUUAGUUGUGAUUAUGUAUCAUGGUUAUCAUUGUGUUGUUAAGGAAAAUCAUAAACCAACAAAAA